GGAAGUUAAGGCGCCGAUUUAUGAAGACGGAGGAGUCUUCGUUACCAAAACAAGUGCUCUUUGCAUCGGAUUUUGCGGGCUUUACGGAGAAAAAUGAGUGAAAACACUUUCCCCGUGUAUACGGCGGACGCCAUCGUGAACUUUUACCGAGCUGAAGUUCUCACGGGGCAAGAAGCAAAACACUUCACGAAGGGCGACCUGGCUCCUGCUCCGAAGCCAGAAACGGUUCAGAGUUUGUACAUGAGAGUUCUGCAUCUUCUGUAUCCCUUCAGGCCCGAGUGCCAUUCCAUGGUUCCACUUUUAGAGAACAUCCAGUAUCCGACCUAUCAUGAGGGCGCAACUGCUAUCUUGAGCGUCUACACGCGCAUGCGACAGUUCUUGCCGAUGUGUUUGGUGUAUGAUUUCUCCCUGAAUGACCUGCUCGCUCCAAAAAAGCAGAGGACGCUGACCGUUCUGAGUGCCAUCAUGAACUUUCUUCACUUCAGGAAGCAGAGGAUGGACUGGAUCUCGGAGACAGGCUCUAAAUUUAGGGCUGACGUGGACAGACUGCAAGCUUACACAAAAGCCAAUGUAGAAGCAGAGAAGAGGAUUGAGACGCUGACGACCGUGCCACCGGAGCAGCAGGCCGAGGCCGAGGAGCUGGCGGCCGCUCUCUCCGAGCUGCAGGCCAGCACCGUCCACGAGUACCAGGAAGUGAAUACAGAAAAUGACAGCAUCACUGAGUGGAAAGCCAAAAUAGCAGAGAAGACGCAGAAACUGGCCCAGGUGAAAGUGGACGUCAGCAGCCUGAAGGAAGACAUCAGCAAACUGAAGUCUCAGAUCGUGGAGUCCCCAGAUGAGCUGAAGAGCCAGAUGGAGAAGAUGAGGGAGAACGUGAAGAUCAUCAAGAACUCCAUCGAAGGGACAGACGAGCGCGUGGUUGAGCUGCAGAGCAUGGUGCAGGGCGUCACCUACACGGAGGCAGAGAUCCAGCAGAUGUACAGCCUGCUGCAGGAUCUGGAGGGCAGCAUGAACAACAGCAAGCAGCGGCAGUAUCAGGACCUGAUGGCUCAGUACGAGAAGAAGCAGAAGGAGCUGAAGAACCUGUGCAUGGAAGAGAGCCAGCUGAAGCGAGCUCUGGGCAUGAAGCAGGACAAGGAGUGCAAACAGAACAUGCGCAGGCAGAUGAGGCGACAGAUGAAGGAGCAGCGCGUUGAAGAAGUGUUGGGGCAGUGUAACCAAAUCCACCAGAAGCGCGAGGAGAUGGCCGACAAAAUCCAAGAGAUUUACGCAGAAACACAGCAACUGAGGGCCAAGAUCAAGAGCUUGAGAGACGGCUGCAGCAAAGAGACGGAGAAGGCUCAGGCUUUGUUCAACACGCUGUCAACUUCCAUGGACGAGCUGCACAAGAGGAUUGAGAUGCGCAUCACAGACCUGAAACUGAACGUCACCAAGAUGUCUGAAAACUUGUAGUUUGUCUGGCUUCAUUUGAAAACUGUCUGUUCCGUAUUACUUAUUAUUGAAAACUGUCUGUUCCUUGUUAUUACUUGUUAAUAUUUACUAAUAAAAUUUUUUGC